GAUGUGGAGACACAAUAAAACUGCGAUACGCUUAUAACCAAGUAAUUAGUCGAUAUUAUAUUGCCUUCUAAGACGAAGACGGCCGCCACAUUCGCCAGUACUAUACUCACUGGCUCAAAUCCGGGUGUAUCAGAAAAAGUGAAUCCGUUCCUUCAAGGAAAAGUGUUUUAAAAAGUGCAAAAGACAAAAACAAAACGAAAAUCAAAUAAUAUCCUUGAAAAUGCUUACGAUUGUGAAUAUCUUACUGACAUUUAGCAUAAUGGCAAUCUUAAGUGUCGUCUCAACUCGAGCAGAAGCGACUGACUCGAGUGACGGUAAAAACUCAAUCCUUUUGGAUAAAAUGUCCUGGAAUUGUGCGAACAACGCGAGUUGCCUUUAUUCCGUUGUCAAUAGUGUUUUAUCCUCCUAUAAGCAAGGAGAAGUGAUUAGUUUCGGGCUCUUCGACGUGGAAAAACUAAAGAACACGAAAGCUCCUUCGAGUGGUACAUCAUCAGGCAGAUCCCUGGGAUUCGCAGACUUUCUAAGUGGCAAUUCUUUUAAAGUGCCAAUUGGACCGAUGGUCUUUAGCGUUCAACGAUCUGGAGACGAAGGAGACUUCUUAGAAAUUUCUAUUUCAAAGCCGUCAUUAAACGAAGCAAGGCGACACGGUGGACUUGGUGGUGGAAUGGGUGGCAAUCGAAUAAGAAACCGUCACGGUCACAAGGACAAGAAGCAAUUCCAAAUGUUCAUUCCCAUUUAUCUGGCUGCCACGACUUUCGGUUGGACUAUGCUGGCAGUGAAGGCGGUUGGGAUACUCACUCUUAAAGCCUUGGCCAUUUCGAAGUUAGCUUUCAUCGUCGCCGCUAUGGUAAUCAUUAAGAAGCUCAUGGAUAAUGCAUCGGAGAAAUUAAUGUACCCCCACUAUCCAGAACAACAACCCUUCAUAAUGCCCUAUAAUAUGGAUUAUGGUAUGCAUGCCUUACAAGGUCCUGAACUCGGUUCGCCAGAGAUGUAUCCUUUGCAUUAUGCAGCAGCAGCAGCUGCCGCUGCUGGUGGUGGAACUGGUGGUGGCCAUCAGCAUCAGGGAAUGGAAAAUGUGGCUGCUGAAAGUAAUUUGCAUCAAUUACUCGAUGUUCAAAAUGGAACUCAGAUUUUAGCUGGCCUAGCAAAACAAAUGGGACAUCAACAGAAGAUUAAACGGGCCGAUACGUGGAUGGGUGCAGCUAAACCAUUCUUAUACAAUUACUUACCGACGAGGUCCAUGUACAAUGUCAAACAAUAAUAAUAACAAAAAAUAAGAAUUUCAAAAGUCAUCUAUUUAUUAUUUACCCUUAAGCAUUGUAUUUUUGUAUUUUAAUUUAAGAAUUAUUUAUUUAUUUAUUUAUUUAGUAUUGUUCAAAAUACAUGUUAAAAAUAAUUAUUUUACAAACGCCAGUAAAAAAAUACACAAAUAUUUAUUUUAUUUUUAUUAUAAUUAAAUAAAUAGUUAAAAUUAAAUUAACAAUAAAUAAAUAGAAACAAAAAAAG